AUGCAUGGCAUCCUCGCACUCUCCGCACUGCACCUGGCCUCCCUGCAUCCAGACCGCAAGCGCGAGUACACGACGCAGUCGGCCCGCCACCAAGAAGUCGCCCUCUCCCGCCUCCGCACCGGCCUAUUCGACACCACCGAGGAAAAUUGCUUCGAGCAUUUCCUCCUCGCCUACCUCGUCAUCCUCUUCAACUUCUACUCGAUCGGCAACCCCCUCCCCGACGACGACGACGACGACGACAGCGGGCGUCCUCCCGCCCCUCUCGACAUGCACGAGCUCGGCCAAACGCUCUUCCUUGGCCAGGGCAUCAUGAACAUGAUCUCCACCCCCGAGACCUGGUCGUGGAUGAAGCGCGGCCCGCUCUCCGCCCUCUUCAACACCCAGCACAAGAACCCCACGCCGUCCAACCUCGCAGGUCACCACCACAACGCAACAUCAUCAUCAUCAUCAUCAUCAUCGUCAUUCCCCCACCGCCUCACCCUCCUCACCGACCUCGUCUCCUCCAUCGGCGGCUCCCCCGCCGAGUCCAAAGCCCGCGCCUCCUGCCUCCUCGCCUGCGACGCGCUGCGCCGCGCCUACGGGGCCGCCGUGCUCAUCCCCCACAACAAAAGCAAUAACAGCAGCAGCACCACCGACGACGACGACCCCACUAACACCCCCACCCCCACUAACACCCCCACCCCCACCACCACCACCACCACCACCACCCAGCAAAAGAGCCGCCCCCGCCGUCCCCGCGCCGAAGCCACCCCCGUCUGGGUCUGGCUCACGCUCCUCCCGGCCGACUUCCGCGCCCACGUCGCGGGCGGGCACCCGGUCGCGCUCGUCGUGCUGGCCCACUACGCGGCGCUGGUGCGGUGCUUCGAGGACCGCUGGUACCUGGCGGGCUGGAGCGGGCGGGUGCUGGAGGCGGUGGAGCGGGCGUUGGUGGGGGUGGCGGGGGCGGCGGGGGCGGGGGAUAUGGGUGGUGGUGGUGGGGAGGAAGGAGGAGGAGAGGAGGAGGAAGAGGACGAGAAGCGGCGGCGGUGCGGUUGGCGGGAGUGGUUGGAGUUUCCGAAGCGGUUUGGGGCGGCGGAGUUGGAUGAGGCGAUUAGGGAGGGCUGGGAGAGGGAGAAGCAGAAAGAGAGGGAGAGGGAGGGAGAGAGAGAGGGCGGCGGCUGGGUUCAAACAAAUGCGUCAUCGUGA